CGUCGCAUCGCCUGCAGAAACAGAAAAAAGAAAAGAAAAAAAGGGAACCGACUAUACGCUAAUAUGCGUAGGUAAAACGGCCUAGACUUGAUGUGGCAUCUCCCGCUCAGCUGCUACCAGUUUACCUCUGACUUGGCCGUGACCUGCCACCCCGGCUUCUGGCAGCCGGUCAGUUCUCAGAUCUUGUUCGGUCUCCUCUUUACCGGCCGGGUGAGCCACGUCCAACCUGGGCUCGAUUCCCUUGCUCCCGUGCUUUCAAUCACCCAAGACCAAGACCAAGACCUUUAUGCAGAGCCGCCCGGCAUGGAAGCCCGAUGAUACCAGCUGGCACGCCUCGCCUCCCCCACGAGAUUUGGACAUCUGUUGCCCAAUUGGACUUGAGAACAAAAACGGUCUCGAAUGCUGCUUAUCCUCUCCGUGAGCUGGUCGCCACCAUCUAGACUGGUCUCUGAACUGCAAUUCCAUGCAGGCGGCUGCACCCGCGCAUGUCUUGUCUCCAUCUCAUCACAGGAUUCAGCUUGGUCUGGGCUGUCGUGUUGUUGUGUUUCUGGAUAGAACCAGUAUCCAUCAAAUUUCCAACCUCUCGGGUUCAGCCCCUGUGGAGGGUGAGCUUGACAAUACAUACUUGCACAAAGCAUGUAAGCCGUGAGCAAAGCCCGGUCCCCGGCACUGUGUGCGUAUGUGAACAUGCCCAAAGCCAUGCCGUUGGUCCAACGCAGAAGAUUGCUGUCAAUCUUGGUGCAAAUCCCCCAGACUGGCGGCAGGCCCCCCGGCAUCUGAAUGCAGCCUCCCUGGACGAGAUGAUGAUGAUGGCCAUACAACCCGUGCGGCUACGUCCACAGAGGAUGGAGUGCGAGGGAUAUCUAUACUACUACUGCACAUUCAAUGCGGGUGGCGCCUCGUGGCGAGGAUCCGUCUUCGCACCGCUUGCUGCUAAUUUUGAUGGUUGCAAACGUGCCAAUAUCAACCAACACAGCUGUGGAUAUGCUAACCAACGUGGUGCUAUUGGGAGAUCUCUUCAAUGCCACCGGAUCCCUUUCUGGUUCCCUAACAAUAUCCACAAUCUGUCCAUGCGUCUUGACAGGUUCUUUGCUUUGGGCAAGAAAAUAAAAUAAACACGCCAUCUUUGAUACAUAGUCAAGUGAGUGGCUUACAUGCCUCAGACGAUGGGACACGUGUCGGCCGCAACACCUGUUCUUGACGGAGGAUAGUGGGAAUUUUGUGUUGGUGAUUGUCGUCUCGGAUCG